AUGGAAAACGACGCGAACGAGGAGAUCUGCGAGGACGACUUUUUCAUCGUACCCUGCAAAUACGAGUAUCUGGACCACACGGCUGACGUGCAGUUGCACGCAUGGGGCGAUACCAUGCAGGAGGCGUUCGAGCAGUGCGCCCUGGCGAUGUUCAACUACAUGACGGAGUUGGAGCGCGUCGAGGUGAAGCAAGUCUUCCACGUGGAAGCUCAGGGUGAAGAUAUGAUGGGUCUGCUAUAUCACUUUUUAGAUGAGCUUCUGUUUAUGUUCUCUGCUGAACCGUAUCUUGUGCCAAGGCGGGUCAAAAUUCUAGAGUUUGACCAGGAAAACUUCCGGAUAAAGGCAAGGGCGGCUGGCGAGGAGUUCCAAAUAGGGAAGCACACACAGGGCGCCGAGGUGAAGGCCAUCACCUACUCAGCCAUGCAGAUCCACGACAGGCCGGAAGUCGAGCGGCCCGAGCUCUUCGUCAUCGUCGACAUAUGAUCAUCGUUAGAUACAAGUACAUGCAGAAAAAAAAGAGAGAAAAUGCCCAGACAGACUUCAGUGCCCUGUACUACAGCAUAUAUAUGCGUGUAAUAUACAGAUAUAUAUUUAUAUACAAAUCGUGCAAUGGUAUUGAAAGAGCCAGUGCAGAGUCGUGCGUAUACUGUUAAAUGACCCUCUUUCGCCGAAAACGACGGGGAGAAGGACGAGGAGGGGUGGUAGGUAUGGUUGUAAGAAACAGCCCCCGUUGAAGUUACCGUACCGCUUAAGAAAGAGGGUGAAGCAGCCGUGUACAAUUCUAUUGUGCGCCCUGUACACGAGAGAAGAACGCGCUUCAAAUAAAUACGUUAGGAAAAAAAACAAAA